ACGGGUCAUUUAGGCGGGAAUCCAACCAAGCACGCCUUGCUCCAGCACAGCUUUCCCUCCAAAGAAAAACCCUACAAUACAUAUACUCUCUCUCUCUCUGUCUCUCCUUCAAUCCACACCACAUUUCCUCUCUCACAAAUCGCUCUGUUUCGCUGUGAUACCAAUGGAGCUUUCAUCUUCAUCAAAAUCUAAAUCCAAGAAACCCCAUUCAAAACACUUCAACGCACCCGACCAGCUGAGCUCCAAAACUCCAGAAAAACAGCCCACACAGCUCCCCCGCAACCGCUUGCGCAACCGCGGCGUCGCCCUCUCCGUCAACGAAGUCAGAAAAGUCGCCGAAACUCUCCGCCCCAACUCCUCCGCCAGAAGGCAGAUCCAAUCCUGGCCAACUUCCCCAGAAAUCCCCGAGCCCCAUAAGUCCAAGAAACCGCUUCCCCAGCCCACUAAGCUACCCGAAAAGUAUGAGAUUCUUGCUCAGUUUUUUGAUAGCUUGGAUAGUUCUAUAAGGUUGUUGCGGUUGAAGGGUUCCUCAUCCUCUUUUACCAAUAUUUGCCCCAAAAUUGAGUGUUUAACUGAUAGGAGGUUUACACACAGGCACUUGGCUCAAUUGAAGUUUAUUUUGCGCGAUGCAAUUGAGAUAAAGAGGGUACUUGUGUUCGAUGAGCGGACGAGCUGUAUGAAGCCGGAUCUCCAUGUUUCCAUCAACGUUGAUGCAGUGGAAAAUGAUAGGAAGUUGAAAUCUGAAAGCGGGAAUAUGCAUUUGAGGAAGGUGUUACGAUCGCGGCUUGCGGAUUUUUCAAAAUCCUUUCCUGAGGUGGAUGAAAUUCCAGAGGAACUGUUGCCUGAACCAUUCAAUCGUAAAGAGCUAGACGUCCAUUCGAACAUGAAAACACCCACCUCAUCAUUUCCUAUUAAGACAUCAACUGUUGCACUAACAGCUCUGCAAUCAGCAGUAUCAGAAACCUGCAUUCGGGAUGAUGAAAUUGCAGAAGGAACAGAACAAGAUCUGAAUUCAAACAUAAACAAUUCUCCCAACAUGUCAUUUUCCCUCGGGACAUCAAUCGAAGCACAUAGAAAACAGCAACCAGUGGUAGCAUCACAUCUCUCUCGAUCUUUCCACAAGCACUUUUCACAGAAAGUCAUUAGCCAUGAAGUACAGAACUAUCCUCUAAACUUAUCAAAGACGGAUCUCCAAUCUUCAGUUCUUCCAGUUCCAGAGUCACCAUUUAACAAAAGUUCCUCCAAAGAGAAAAGUAGUUCUGCUGCUGGUACUCCAUCCCCAUCAAAACUGUUGUUUGAAUCAACCAGCAAUGAAAAAUGUCUAGCAGUUCAUGCUUCCCCUGCUCAUUUGCCACAAUCUUGCCCACCAGCAACCCCAAGCAAAGAGAUAGAUGCCAUGAAAAAUGAGAGUGGUUCUCCUGCAGAAAUUGCUAAUAUCCAUUCAACUCCUGCAAAACAUGUUCUCACUCCAGCUGGGCUGAUGAAUGUCACGCCAACAUUGUAUCCACCAAAGAGAUGUUAUAUGAGCCCAGAGGAUGAUUCCACUAGCUCACCAAACAAGUUAAUAAGGCGUCCACCCCUUUUAAGAUCGUUAAAAUUUGACACUCCCAUAAAGAAUGGAAACAUUGGUGAUGAAAUGGAUGACACUGGAGGUGUUUCAGUUGAUAAUGAUGUUUUUGAUAUUCUUCCUGAGAAUAUUUUGCAAUCGAUAAUGGAGAAAGAGAGGAAGGCAGUAGAAGAGAGAAAUCCAGUGAUCUCACGGGCAAAACGGAGGCGACAAAUGAUUGCUAGCCUGCCUAAGCUCUUCAACAUGAUUCACUUCUUAUUUCAGUCUAUUAAGCGGUCUGUUAUCACAAAAGAGGAGCUUAUACACAAGAUAAUUGCAAGCCAUUGUGAUAUUGUUGACAGAAGAGAAGUUGAAGAGCAGCUAAACCUCUUAAUAGAAUUAGUUCCGGAAUGGAUUUCAGAAAAGUUGGCAUCUGGAGGGGAUUUGCUCUUCUGUAUAAAUAAAACGUCAAGUCCUGAGUCAUUACGCGCACGGCUUGAAGAAGCAAAGUGAGGAGAAGCAUGAAAUAGAUUUUUGGAAAUUACUGUAAGAAGCAUGUGGAGGAAUGGUUUAAAAUUGUCUUUGUAAAUGUUAAUUCUUUGUUGUUAGCUGAUGAUCGUAGAGUAGAUUUUGGAAGUAGACUCAGGAGCUUAAGAUGAAGUCUCUGUGAAAUAUGUUAAUUACAUGGCAAGAUUAUUGGAAAGCGUGCUUUUUGUAUGAUCAACUUAUUGUCUUAAAGUUAAUAUAUAAAAGUUCCUAU